CCGCCGCUGCUGCAGCCGCCGCUCGGGCUGCGGCUCAUCCCGGGUCUCGGUCGCCGUCCCGGCCGCGGCGCGAAGGGCACCCUGAGUGUGACUGCACGACCGGCCGCGGCGCGAGGAGCCCUUCUUCUGCCUCCCUGCGGCCCGCGCGGUGGACGGUGUCGGGACAGAGUGUGGCCGCCGCGCCCCUUCCCCGCUCCCGGGCGGCCGCUCCGGCCCUUCCGGGCGGCGCCGCAGCCUCAGCCCGCUCCACACGCAGAUGUGGGAAGACAAAUGAAGGGGUUUAGAUGCCAAAUAAAUGUCAGUGGGAAGGAGAGCUACCAACACUAAGGGCUGAACACGAGUAAGCUCAUUUUUCAGAGUUAAAGAAUUAUUUAUAAAAACAAGAUGGGGACGCCUGGUUCCGGAAGGAAAAGAACACCCGUAAAAGAUCGAUUUUCUGCCGAAGACGAAGCUUUGAGUAACAUCGCUAGAGAGGCAGAAGCAAGGCUAGCAGCAAAGCGGGCCGCCCGGGCAGAAGCAAGAGACAUCCGCAUGAGGGAACUGGAACGGCAGCAAAGAGAGAGUUCAUCGAAGGAUAUUACUGGGACACACUGGAGCAGAGCCAGUACACCCAAAAGGAGAGACAUGAUGUAUGAUACCCUCAAGGACAGAUCAUCAAGGCUUUCAUCAUUAAAUUAUUCUUACAGUCACAGCUAUGAGAUGAAGAAGCGAUCUUCUAGUUCUCAUAAAGACCCCCUGAGUGGCCUCUAUUUUGACCAGAGAAACUAUAGCAGUCUUAGACAUAGCAAGCCUGCCUCGACCUACUACUUUCGGUCUUCUUCCCUGUGCAGCGACCCGCUGGGGACAUCUCCGAGUAAGAACAGGGCCUCCUCUACUGCAAAUUCUGGUCUGCUGAGAAGUACCAGCCUGGCAUCAUUGUAUGAUGGUGGAUUAUAUAACCCCUAUGGUUCUCGAACUCCAUCUGAAUACAGUUACUACUCAUCGAGAGCAAGUUCCUCCCGAAGCAGUCCUGUGUCCAUCGAUGAUGAUACUGCAAGCAUUAUGUCUUCUGAGCGUGCCAGUCGUGGGCGAAGGGACAGUGUGGUCUCUGCUGCUGACUAUUUUAGUCGCUCCAAUCGUAGGGGGAGUGUUGUCUCUGAGGUGGAUGACGCCGGCAUCUCAGACUUGACCAGCUUGGAUGAAAAAUCGGACAAACAGUAUGCUGAAAAUUACACAAGACCUUCUUCUCGAAAUUCUGCCUCAGCAACGACACCUCUAAGCGGGAACUCAUCCAGACGGGGCAGCGGGGACACCAGCAGCUUAAUAGACCCAGAUACCUCAUUGAGUGAACUUCGGGACAUCUAUGACCUGAAGGACCAGAUACAUGAUGUAGAAGGGAGAUACAUGCAGGGGCUUAAGGAACUGAAGGAAUCUUUGUCUGAAGUAGAAGAGAAAUACAAGAAGGCCAUGGUGUCCAAUGCCCAGCUGGACAACGAGAAGAACAACCUGAUCUACCAGGUGGACACCCUCAAGGACGUUAUUGAAGAGCAGGAGGAGCAGAUGGCAGAGGUGUACAGAGAAAACGAAGAGAAAUCAAAGGAGUUAGAAAGGCAGAAACAUAUGUGCAGUGUGCUGCAGCAUAAAAUGGAUGAACUCAAAGAAGGCCUUCGGCAGAGAGAUGAGCUCAUUGAGGAGAAUCAGCGCCUCCAGCAGAGAAUAGACACCAUGACAAAAGAGGUGUCUGACCUCCAAGAGACCCUGCUUUGGAAAGAUAAAACAGUUGGGGCCCUAGAGAAACAGAAGGAACACAUUACCUGCCUCAGGAAUGAGCGAGAUGUGCUCAGAGAGGAGCUGGCUGACCUGCAGGAGACAGUGAGGACGGCAGAGAAACAUGGCUUAGUUAUAAUCCCAGACAGCACUCCCAAUGGUGAUGUCAAUCAUGAUGAACCUGUUGUGGUUGGAGCCAUUACUGCUGUGUCUCAGGAAGCUGCUCAGGUCUUGGAGUCAGCAGGAGAAGGGCCACUAGAUGUGAGGCUACGGAAACUUGCUGGAGAAAAGGAGGAGCUCCUGUCACAGAUUAGAAAGCUGAAGCUGCAGUUAGAAGAGGAACGGCAGAAGUGUUCCAGGAAUGAUGGCACAUCUGGGGACCUGGCAGGACUGCAGAAUGGCUCAGAUUUGCAGUUCAUCGAGAUGCAGAGAGAUGCCAAUAGACAAAUUAGUGAAUACAAAUUCAAGCUUUCCAAAGCAGAACAAGACAUAACCACCUUGGAACAAAGUAUCAGCCGGCUUGAGGGGCAGGUGCUGCGGUACAAAACUGCUGCUGAGAAUGCUGAGAAAAUUGAAGAUGAGCUGAAAGCAGAGAAGAGGAAGCUCCAGCGAGAGCUACGGACAGCACUGGACAAGAUCGAGGAGAUGGAGAUGACCAACAGCCACCUGGCAAAGCGUCUAGAGAAGAUGAAGGCCAACAGGACGGCCCUUCUAGCCCAGCAGUAGGCCUGGGUGCUGCUCCGAGGGCCUUGCCCGGAGACACUGACUCUUUUGUAUAUUGACACAAGCCCUUCUAGUACUGUCUGAGUCUCGUCAUUAAACAGCCACCUUUGUAUUUUAUAAUUUAUGAGAAUGAAGCAGGUUUAAUCGUCAUGAAUUUGGAUUUUGUUUGUAGCUCACUUCUAUAGUGAGAACUAGUCUGUGCUUUUUAUUUUUAAUUUUCAACAUUCUAGAAUCACGUUUUCUCACCAUCUUCCUCCAGCUGCCUCACUGACUGGGCACUUGGGAGGCCUUGGUGUGGGUUCUGGAGGAUGGCCAUUCUGAGUGCUGAGACACUUGCUGGAGACCUCAAAAACACAAGUGCCUUCUCCACGGUGUGAUACGGGCUUCAGAGACCAAGUGGCCAAGAUUCCUCCUCUUACCAGAGCAUUUAUAUUUCAGUGAGCAAGUAUUCAGGGGUGGGAGUCUGUGUUUCACUCAAAUUUAUAUGUUCGGAGGAAAAAGCCUUUUUUUUUUUUUUGUAAGAUAUUUAAAUUUAUAUAAAAAUGUUAGGAAAAGAUAUGGGGAGUGUAUAUUAAACUUUAUUGCAUGGGGCAGAGGACGUCUAGGCUCAUACUCUUAAAAGAGUAGGGUCCUUAGUCUCCGUAUCCACUGUGCUGUUCCUAGGACUUUCAUCUGCUGCUUAUUUGUGAACUGAAACCUCAGACAAGCUUGAGGGCUGAGGGGGGGGCGGGGGGGGGGGGGGGCGGCAGUCCAGGCAGGGAGGAAAUCUGCCUGGAGAACUAUUAAACACACCUUUCUGCCAGCCAGGACUGGUACCACAGUUAUGGUUACAGACGCUUUUUAGGACGAAUCAUGUCAGCCAUGUAUGGUCCUGUCUUACCCUGUUCUUUUCUCAAGAUGAGAUAUUCCAGAGCAUAGAACUUUUUUUUUUGUUUAGUUUUUUAAGAGACAGAGUCUAUGUAGCCCAGGUUGGCCUCCUCCUCCUAGUCAUUGUCAUUGGGCCUCUUAGAGUGCUGGGAUUCCAGGCAUGUAUCAUCCAUCAUGCCUGGUUCUAGAAUAAAAAUGCUUAAGAACUUUAAUUUCAUUUUUAAAGAGCCCAGUUCAAGAUAUUCCCUCCCCCUACUGUAGCCUCUUCAUAGGGUUUGCGAUUCUUUUGUCAGAAUCAAGGUGGUUUCAUGGGAAUGAUUACUGUAGCUCAAAGUGUUUACAAAGAAGCUAUAUUGAGGAAAAAGUCUAAUGAAUCAAAGCCUCUUAAUAAAUCUAGACUUGCAACUAGAGAAUAAAGUUAACUAAAAAGUGAAUGAUAGUUGUUCCCUUCUUCAGUCACUAGCCCUUCAUUCUUAGGAUAUGGAAACUGUCCUGAGUUGAGAGCAUCCUGUGCAUUUAUUUCCUAAUGGGAACUAUAGUUGUAUGGGUAGGGGCGCAAAUGUAGACUUAGCUUAUUGCUGAUCAGGUGAUCCAGCUCUUUACAUGGAGAAGGUACCACUAAACCUGUACCCAUCCUGGGCUCAUGAACCUCUUCUGAGAAGCCCUGGCCCCAGUUGUUCUAGUCUUUUCCAGAUGAAAUGGCUCUAUUUCUUCCCUACAAUACGUUGUUUUCCCUGGGCCCUUCUUCAUUGCCUCCUGUGGUCUGUGCUUUACUUUAAACCCCUAGGCAUUCAUUCUUAGGCUGAGUGCUUUAUUUCUGCUGAGGCAGGGCUACAGUUAUCUGGACACUGAAGAGCUUUAUUUUUAUUACUGGUUUUAGAGAAAGCCCUGGCUAACUCCCAGUAUACUAGAUUUGACCACCCACCCCAGGCAAGUUACCACAGUUGAGUAGUGAAGGCAAAGAAAGAUUCAUUUCAUGUGGCUGUGUUGGGAAGAACAGAUAAAAGGGUUCUGGAACCCCAAAUUAAUUUCAAAGUGUUAACGGUUUAAAAGAGGGAACAAAGGAGACAGUUGGGGUAUGCACUGCUGAUGAAGCAAAUCAUCUUGGCAGGCCAGUGGUCUGGCUGGUAAUUAAGUUCAGGUCCUGUGAAAGGCUCUGGAGAAGUGGUGCUGACAUCUCUUGAUGGUUUCCAUGACAUCAUCAUUUCCCCCUCCAAAGUGCAACCUCAUUAUUGUUAGUAGUUUCUCAUUUUGAGGGAUAAUCUGUCCUAGGAGUGUUAUUUGGGAGUCACCAGUCCUGUUAUUCCUCAAUUCCAAAGUAACUCCCAAACAGAAUGACUUAGGAGGAAAAAAAGAUAAAGCCAGAGAAGGGCAAGAUAGUUGCUGUCUCUUUUGCUUCCCCAGAAUCCUCCAAACCAGAACACCUAGAAACACGCUGAGAGCCACUAGGUGGGCUAGGUUAACUCUGACCAGUUAGAAGGCUGGGCAAGGAUGCUCUGAACUUUGUCCCUACUAGUAAAUUAGCCUUGACUACGGACAGUAAGUCUUCUUACUUCUCUUACUGUUGACUGGAUGGAUGGAUUGAUUUGGCUCCCAGUUUAAACUCCAUCAUGACAGGGAAGGUGUGGCAGAAUUCAUGGGCAGGAUUUGGCAGAUGGUUCUCAAGCAGGGAACCUUUUCCUUGGCACUCGGUUCACACUUGUCAAGAGAAUUUGCAUCUCUACAUGCUGGAGCUUCAUUCAGUGAGUGGACCCUCAGGGCACCUUUGCCACGGCCCAGCACAAAGUGUAAGGUCUCUCUAGCUCUGUUCAUCUCUAACAAUUAUGGAUUCUUUGUCUGCACCCUCCUUUUCUACAACUUUAAACAUGUUCAUCCUCCUUGUUAGUGUUUUUUCUCACCAGACUGCGUAGUUUUCAUCUUUCUGUUUUGCAUUGUCAUUAUCAACCUCAAUAAACACAGUGAUAACCAUGACACCA